AUGGUGGUGUACAAAGCUGACGAUGACUACGAGUACCUGUUCAAGGUGGUUCUGAUCGGGGGCUCUGGUGUGGGCAAAUCGAAUCUCCUCUCGAGGUUCACCAAGAACGAGUUCAGUCUCGAAUCCAAAUCCACAAUCGGCGUUGAAUUCGCUACACGUAGUAUUCGCGUCGAUGACAAGAUCGUCAAGGCCCAGAUUUGGGACACCGCUGGUCAAGAAAGGAGGACAGUCGUCGCCGUCGUCGCCGUUCGAUUAUCAUUUUCUGAAGAAGAGGCAAUUGAAGAAGGUUUUCUUAGUGGAAAAGUGAAAGACAAUGGUGGAAGACAAUUGAUAAUGGAGGUAGGAGACAAUGUAUAA